AUGUCUCCUAACCAGCUCUCAGAUGAUCGAGGGUCUCCUCCUCAUUUCAGGACAAGUUUAUUUGGUAUCCUUGUAGCUGAGAUCAUUAAAUUCAGCUGGAUUUUCAAGUACUUUUGCAGUCACUGGGCACCACCCUUGCAGAUAAUCCAUAUCAUCGCAAAUUUCCUGAGAAUAUGGUCAAUAUACUCCAUGUACCGCUACAUAUCCCAGACUGGGGCUUCUGUUAUUCUUUUUCUAUUUGCUUGCCUGGCUCCAUCAUCAAUUUUCUUUUUGAUUUUGCAAAAGCCUUGGAAGGGUAGACCACUCUCUAAUACACAGGUUGUGCCCUCUGUAAUAAAUGGUGGUAUAACAGCUUUGUAUCUCAUCUUAUGGGGAAAGGGACUGAAGUCAUGUGGACCGGUUAGAUCAAUAUUGGCUGAGUAUUCUGGUGCUGUCCUUGGAGUACUGUCUGCUGUGUUGUAUGGCAGGAGAAGUCAUUUAUGGAAAAAGAUAGGUGGCUUAGUUGCAAUGUUGGCAUCAUUUUACCUGUUGUCAGAAGGGUGGGCCACAGCUACAUAUUCUCCAUUCUCAUGGGAAGAUAGAGAUGAUUCCGGGGCUCAGACUGAACAGAGUUUGGGGGUUGAAGGAAUUUUGGUCCCCAUCCUUGCUGGAAUUUUGUCAGCACUGAGAAGGGUGAUUGCAAGGCGUGUUUCGAUCAAGAAUCAACUUAAAAGGCGACUUCAUGCUUUGACUAUUGCAUCUGCAACCUGUUUCAUGUUUCCUAUUGCCAUGUGGGACAUUAUCAUAGGAUCACCUUCUGGCAGCAGUGGAAGGUUGCCGUUCUCAACAUGGGCUUUUAGCACUAUUCUUUUUGGAAACAUAUUGAUAUUCUAUGCUGACAGUAUUGCAGAGGAGAGAUUGCACAUGGUUUUCUCCUCGCCAAGGCAUUUAAUGGUGGCUGGUGCAUGCAUCAUUGUGAUGGAGGUUGUCUACAAGAUGGACUUUUCUCUUGCUGGCUUCAUGGUUUGCUGCUUGAUUCUAGGAUUUGGGAUAUAUGAAGCAACUGCUGUGGAGCGAGGUAGAAAAGAUUCUCUACGAAAGUCAGAUUUAUCAAAUGGAGAAUCAUUGGACCCAAUUCAGAUGUCUCCAUUACCCACUUGAUGCUAUUUUUUGCACUCACAGACAUGAUGAACUGUUGACCUAAAGCCUGAAGCCUCUUGAUAUCAUUGGGCUGUACUUUGUCACCAGCAAUUUCAUUUUGUGGCUCCUGUCGCUGAGAAGCUGUUACAUCCUUUUAUAAUCCUAGGCUGCUCGACCAUUCUGGCAACUUCCAUUGCGGAGCUAGUUGGAUUGGCAAAAGAUUCUUUGAAGUUCUUGAUGAUUCAUCUGAUCUUUUAGGAGAUUUAAGCGCACUUUUAAUCCACAAGUUCAUUAUAAUAUGUUGUACAGAAUCAUUAAUGUGUUAUACUUCCGUGUAAUAUGAUGAACGAUUUAAUUAUGCUCAAUUUGAUGUUUUAUAUUUUCUUAUGACUAUUAUGGAAAUAUCAAACUCUUAUUUAAA